UUUUUGUACCACCAUUGGAAAGUGGGCAACAUUUUCUCAAAUGUCAUGUCAGCAAUACUGCAAAGCUGCCGUUUUGCUGCGCAUUGUGCCACUUCUUCAAUAAAAACAGCAAGAAAAUUCUAUACAUUUAAGAAAAUGACUGACAAAACGGUAGAUCAUACCACUACGAAUGGGUUUGAGACUAAAACUCCGUUCCUGAUCGGCGUUGCAGGAGGCACAGCUAGCGGCAAGUCAACAGUAUGCCAGCGAAUAGUGGAAAAGCUUGGGCAACAACACAAGGAACAAACAGAAAGGCGCGUGGUCUGCAUCAGCCAGGACUCCUUCUAUCGAGAGCUCACACCCUCGGAGAGGCUCCGCGCGGAGCGGGGACAAUUCAACUUCGAUCACCCAGAUGCCUUUGACGACAAGAAGUUGCUGGCAACACUGAAGGAUAUCCUGCAGGGGAAGAAAGUGGAAGUGCCUGAAUAUAACUACAUCACCAAUUCUAUUAGCAACCGAACGCACACAAUCUACCCCGCUGACGUGGUGCUCAUUGAAGGCAUCCUGGUGUUCUACUUCCCCGAGGUCCGAGAACGGUUCCACAUGAAGCUUUUUGUUGACACCGACUCCGACACCAGAUUGGCGAGAAGAGUGCCGAGGGACAUCAUGGAGCGAGGCCGGGACCUGGAGCAGGUGUUGAACCAGUACAUGAACUUCGUGAAGCCCGCCUUCGAGGAGUUCUGUUUGCCGACCAAGAAAUUCGCUGACGUCAUUAUUCCCAGAGGCGCUGACAAUAUCGUGGCGAUCGACCUGAUAGUGCAGCACAUAUCAGAAUUUCUGAAACGGAACGUCAGAGAGCAGAACUUCGCGGGCCUGGAUUACCCCGGGUUCAGUCCAUCUGCUCCGGGCAGCCCGCAGCGAGCGAAGAGUGGAAGGCCACAUUAAACCGAAUGAUUUGUGACUAUGAGUGCUGUGACCAAAGUCAAAGAUAGCGUUGUAACACCUUCAGUGCAGCGUCGGGUCGAAUAAACCCGAUAUCUACGCAGUGAACGUAGUUUAUUAUAAAGUGCGUUAUUAACUCCAAUCAUGAAGGCUGGCGAUGGCAACAGAUCACAAGUGUGUGUUUCGAUUUUAAAGAGAUGUGAUAGAUGCUGUUAUACCGCCUUUCGAUCAAGUGAUAUUUGAACUGUUAAAAAUCGUUUAUAUGAGAUAUUUGUUAUACUAUAUUGACCAUCGUAAUAGAACGUUAAAAGCGUUUAGUAGUUGACUGGAAGUAAUAUUGGGCUACUGUCUUAUUCUAUUAGCGUUAUUGCCCAUUGGAUGGCGAUGGUAAGUAUAGCAUGGCGGGCCGUAUCGGCGUAAAAUGAGGAAUAGUUCUAUCAAUUGCAAUAAAUACCUAUACGCCUUUUUGAAAUUAAGUGACGUUGCAUUUCGCAAUCUUGAAAUAAUCUGAACUUCGUUGUCAAAAUUACAUUUCUAGUAAAAAUAGGAACUGACGGUGAUAUUUACGUAGCUACUAAAUUAAUUUCGACUCUGUACUAUAUCUUAACAAAUUGCACGCAUGUAAGUUUUCGAAGGCUCAACAUAUUCUGAAAACCUGUAAAUCUGAAUUCAACUCUACGUAUUAUAUUAUAAUCGUCAUGAAGUUUAAUGUAGAAAUAUUAUUUUUUACUGCGGCGUUUGAGUCUGAGGAAACCGAUUCAAGAAAUGAUACAUAAAGACUAUUCGGCCGCAAUCAGUUUGAAUGGCCAUCAGAUAUAUUGGAGCGGCCGAUGUGCUCAAAAAUAUCUGAACACACACUCUAAUGCCUUGAUAAUAGAGGCGAGUUCAAAUAUUUUUGAACACCUUGGCCGGCCCGAUGUUUCUAAUGGCGACUGUACAUAUUUUUCAAUAUGCAUGGAUAUGACUAAUCUAUAGAUUUCUGUACAGAUAUUUAAAUUACCUCAAAUAAAUAACAUUCAUAAACAUUAUUUUAUAACAGCAUCUCUUAUUGACAUUGCACUCUUUCUAUGCUAUGUCUUCUAGCUUCCAGCAUCUAUUUAAAAAUAGAAUUAUUUAUUAUGAAUUUUUGAGGCUAAAUUAAUAAUGUUAAGAGUUUAUUAGGUCUUAGGAAAACUUGAAUCGCCUUUUAUAUAGCUACUGCUUUGAACGCCGUAUUAAGUGGUGUUUAAGUUAUACAGAAAUUGUUGUUAAUUUUGUAGGACUGUUAGAUCUUCAAAUAAUUCCUGGAGAAGAGUGGAUUUUAAAGAGUCAUUAUGAAUUCAAGAAAAGGACUAGAUAACUUUUACGCCAAUGUUAGUUACCUCUGUUGGCCUAGCGCAGGUGCGCCGCGGCCGCGACUGUAUAUCUCGCCCGCGAGAUAGCUACCCGUCUUUUGCUAACUACAGUUGUCGACUGAACAGCAUUCAGUCGACGAUUUCGUAGCGAGGUAACAACGAUGAAUGGUCAUCUCUUUCAGAAGUACUGCAUGUUCUGCCAGUUCCGGGUCUUCUGGAGAGCGUCUGAUCGUUGCGGAAUCUCUGGAAGAUACGUUGAACCGAUGACUUCGAUAGGUUCAGUUGUCGAGCCACUGCACGUUGACUAAGCCCUCCCUGCAAUAGGGCAACUGCUUGGCCGGCUUCAGUCGGGGUAGUAUCCAUUUUCCUUUAGGUUUUGCAGGUUCAGUCGAUGAUCAUAAACAAUGAUAAUGACUGGUUUUAUACCUGCCGUUGGAGAGGGAUAAUUUCCAGGCCCAUAUUUUAUACGAUAUCCAUCCCCAUCCCUGAAUAUUGAUGUCAUUCGAUAGGGCAGAAAAUUAUCUACCACGUGGUAUCUAAAUUACCAUGAUCGAGCUUACAGAUUUAACAGGAAUUGAAAAAAUGUUAAUAAUGCUGAGGUGGUCCCGUGGUGGACCCGAGUGUACAUUGAUUCGAGAUUAGGGUAGUCUGUCUUGCGGGCGAAAUACUUUCCCGGUGCUCCUGUUUUAAGCCUACUGAAAUAUUUUAAACUUAUAUCUAAGAACUUAGACAUGACAACACUACAGUAGUUUCCACCUAAAAUAAACAAAAAAUAAAGGCACAUCACUACAUAUCGGCGUAGACGAUUUACUAUUCUUGAAUUGCUAGUCAACUUUCGAUUAAAAUUUUAAAUGCUCAAGCAUUAAUUGCUUAUUUAUUAGCCAAAGAGAUAACUUAAUGGUUUACUGUAGUGGUUUAGAUAGGUGCUUUAAAGUAACAUUAAUAAUGUCGAGGUGUCCAACAUUGCCUAGAAAUUAUAGUCUCCGGCCGGUAAGAAAUCUUUUUUGACAGUUAUGAAUUGACGCUUAUAUUUAUGGUUUAUGGUUUAAGAAUUUAUUUCUCCAAAUAUUACAAUUCACUUACAUAGAGAAAUACAAACAAUCAUAAUAUACAUUAUUUACAUAGUGCACGAAUAGCAUAAAAUAUAUUCUAAAACAAAACAACUUAUUUAUUUUUGUAAGAAAAAAGAAAAAAGUGGGUACAUACUACAUAGUGUGAAUCGGCAACUGGUAUAUUUACGAAGCUAAGACCUACCGUUUAACUUAGCCUUAGUGUCAUAUAUAUAUAUAAAGGUUAAUAAAUAAAUUAUGAUAACUGUUAAAAUUGACUGCUUACCGGCCUGGGAUUAUAACUUUUAACUUCAAGACAAACUUGUAUUUUUUAUAAUUGAUAAGAGUAUCCGUCUUUAUCUCCUGGGCAAAGUUGGAAGUUACGUUACAUGAGUCGGGUGUAAAGGAUCCUACACUUAUUGUUAACUACACUUUAGGUAUUAAGACACACGCUAUAACCGCCGCCGCCAUACAUUAAAAGUUCCGCUUUCAUUUUCAAACGAAUUGCUGUUAUGACAUGAAACUUGGCGUGCACAUUCAAGUUUUCGGGUACAGUCGCCAUCAAAUAUAUAGGAGCGGCCGAGGUGCUCACAAAUAUCUGAACACAACUCUAUUGUCGAGGCGUUAGAGUGCGUGUUCAGAUGUUUUUCUCCCAUAUAUCUGAUGACGACUGUACUAGUUUUCGUUGCUAGGAAAUGUAAUACAGUGGAACCUCGAUAGCAAGAAACUCAAGGAAAACGUCAAAAUCUUGAUAUUAACGUGGUUUCGUCUUGUAGAAGUCAUAGACUUAGGAAGGUUCUUAUAGAUUUUUGUUCGUCUUAAAGGGGUUUCAAGUUGCAGAGGUGAAAAAUUCGUGCUAGAGAUGUAGUUAUGCAAACGCGGAAAGCGAAAAUAAAGUAUUAUUGUUUUUUUUCGAGUUACAGAGGUUUGUUAGUAAAUAACUUCGAAAGAUAGAGGUGAUAAAACAAUACGUAUAUAUUUUCGAUUAGUAAAGGUCAAAUAGAAUUUUAAUAGUUAUAAAUGAAAAUUGUACUAGAUACCCGUGAAGGGAAACGUUGUUUACUUCGUUUUAAUGAGAUUAAAUAUUUCGAGUUAUGGAUGUUUUGGGCUUUGAAGGGCAUUUCAUAUCGUGUUAUCGAGGUUCCACUAUACAAAGGAAAUUAGAUCGAGUAAAAGUUGUUUAUACAAAAAAACAAUUGUAAUCAAACAAUACUCUCUGUAUUACAUUUUUUGACAACAAAAACGAAUGUGUACCAGAAAAUGAGAUAGAUAUAUUAUGUAUAAAUGAAGCAUGUCGUUUUAUAAUGCGAGCGUAGUUGUGUAUGGGUGCGGCUAUUUGUCGGCGGGUCAAUGUGAACCUUGUUUCUUUGCUCCACAUUUGGUUAAGCAGAGAGAUUAAAAAUAUAUUUAAGUACUUAUACUAGUUUUAGUGUUAUGUUAUGUUACUCUGUGUCAGUAGCGCGCUUUUGGUUGUGUAUCGUAACAAAUUUUAACAUAUUUUAUCGACGUUGAUUUUUACGAUUUUAUUUAUACCCCGGUUUUUUUUCAGAUAAAUUUUAUAACCUCAAAACUGUAAACUGGUAACUUCUUUCCAAAAUUAAAUCUGAGUAACUGCACUGAAUUCUAGUGUCAUUUACAUGUUAUUGUAUCGCAAUUUUAGAAUGAAAUGUUAAUUACCACUACUUUUGAGGUUAUAAAACAUCUAAUCUUAAAAAAACGUGGUAUAGCUUUUUUAUAUUAGGCAGAUGAUUUAUUUAUUUCGUUGUAUGUUAAAGGUAUAUACCAUGAUUACUUAUGAUUACCUUAGUACUCGUAAUUUAUUGUAACUUAUGCUGGAAAAAUAACUUUCAUAGUGGACUGCUUUUAUUCUAUUUAUUUUCUCAUAAUAUAUAAUGUUAUAUUUUAUUUUAAUUUUGUAUUCGUGGUUUUGCUUUGUGACAUGUCUAUUUUCGUGCCGUAAUAAUGUACCUGCUAAAUAUAAUGCAUAUUAUUCGUAAUCUAGAGGUCCAAACAGAAAUUAGAAAAGAAAGUUACAAAGUCAAAGAAAUAUAUGUGACGCCAUCUAGUGCACCUGCUGUGUACAACACAGUGCUUUUUCUAAAGUCGAGACGCUAUUUCACGAUAUUUUAUUGCACACGCGUUAUUAUGGCUGUCCCGCUCAUGAUGCCGGUUGUCAAUGUCACUGCGAGUUAGACAGCAAUAUUAUUAUGCGCGGGCAAUAGAGAUAGCAACAGACUGAGGUUGACUGAAGUAGCAUGACAAAUACGAACGAUUCCGAGAAAAUACGAUGGGAAAGGAUUAUUCACUACAUCUGGGCUAUAACCGCGAAAAUCGAAGUUCGUCAAUUGCGAGCAUUUUUCUCUGUCACUCUAAUUACGUCUUAGUGAGAGUAAAAGAGAAAGAUCCCCGCAAUUUGCGAAUUUCGGUUUUCGCAUUAGGCCCGCUGUACUGUCUCGGACGCUCCAUGUUCGAAAUGACAUUGACAUGUCAUAGUUUUCAAUUGUUUAGUAUAUUUAAAUAUAAUGUCCGUGUUACAACGAUAUUUACUUUUUGAGAAUUAACUAUGCCAUUCAGUUUCCUUAAAUGUGUUAAAUGUACCUAGUCACGCCACGAAGUUAACGGAGUUAAAAAAAACACCGUGUAGAUAAUUAAAUUUCCAAAAUUAUCACACUUUUGAAAUUACCCCAAUGCACCUUAUGCUCUUGGAGCCCAAGUCAAAAGUAUCAAAUCUCAUUAACUCUGAAGAUUAACUAUUUCGUUUUAAACAUUUUAACUGUUUGUCUAAUUAAAAAAAGGCCUUUUCAUUUUAACUUAAUAUUGUUGAAUCCGUCUAAGCUUACUUUGCAUCGACAUGAAUACAGCAUAGAUAGAGAUUGUCAUUAUAAUAGUCGUAAUAUUUUUUGAUAUUUCACAUUAAUUAUGACAUUGCCACACUUUGUAAUUGCAAAUGCCAUGCAGCUUGGUCCGACUCUACAAAGAUGUAUUUUUAUUUUCCUGGAAGUUAGGAACUUUUUUUUUAUUAUAAAAAAGGUAAACGAUCGUAUAUUUAUAUUUGUGACAUUGCCGUGACGUAUUUUUCGAAACUGUUUUUCAAUAAAAAGACACGUCAAAAUAGCUUACCUUCUUUUUAAUGCAAAAUAAACCGGCCAAGAGCAUGUCGGGCCAUGCUCAGAGUAGGGUUCCGUAGUUACUCUUCCGUCACAAUAAGCUAAACUGGAGCUUAAAGUACUUAUAGUAGAUUGUUAACCAAGGGAUGAACUGUGGAUGUAUGUCUUUUUACUAUGAAGGGGAAACUUUUUGCGAUGACUCAAAAACAGCUAAACUGAUCAUGUCCGCUAUAGUUUUCAUUUAAUGUCUUUCUUAAGCUCUACUUCCACGAUUUUUGGACCUAUGGUUCAAAAGUAAAAGGGGGGGAGGGCACAUUUUUUUUUCUUUCGGAGCGAUAUCUCCGAAUAUAUUCACUUUAUCAAAAAAUGUUUGUUGAAGACCCCUAUUGGUUUUGAAAGACCUUUCCAACGCUACCCAACACUGUAGGGUUAAAGCAAAAAAAAAUUCACCCCCACUUUACGUGUAGGGGAGGUACCCUAAAAAAAAUGAAAUUUUUAGAUUUUAUUGUACGACUUUGUGGGUUUCAUUGAUUUAUAUGUCCAUGCCAAAUUUCAGCUUUCUAGCACUAACGACCACGGAGCAAAGCCUCGGACAGACAUGGCGAAACUGUAAGGGUUUCUAGUUGACUACGGAACCCUAAAAACGGACUAUAGGCCACAUUAUCCUCACCUUUUCGGCCUUAGAACGGACAUUUUUUGUUUUUCUGCCUUCUUUUUGUUUGUAUGCCUCGGUUAUGAUGCAUGAUGUCACGAUUGUCUUUACAAGGGUAUUGCCAAAGAAAAAUAUUUAUGUCGCUAAAUGCUUUCCUAGUUAUUUUUAACGUGUGUCUAAAUUAUUAAUUACGCCAUUGUUAUGGCUUAUUAGAUUUUGUUUGUUGUUAAUGUUUCCUACUCCUUAUAGAAAUAUUAGUAUUUUUGCAAAAUAAACGUAGAUAAGUGGAAAAGAAAGCCUAUCUAGAUUUACUCGUAUAUGAGGUACCCAUAUAUUAUGGAAUUUAAUCUCUAGCGUCCCACCGUCAUAAUACUAGUACUAAAUACUGAUAAUCGGAAUAGAGUUGCUUUUGUUUUAUUUCGUACGAGUUUAAAAGAAAAAGUCAAUUCUAAGCUUAUUUCGCGGUUUUUAGUCAUCCGCGCGAUUUUUUUUUGUUUUUUUUUUUUUUUUUCAAUAAAAUACAGUGGAUACUGACUUAAUAUUAAAUACAACGUCCCACAAAACUGUUUGCACAGUUUGACUGUGGGAUCCGUGGGGCUAUACUAGGUUAGGUACAUGAUAAUCAUAAAGUCUAAUUAAUUGUAGAGGCAAAAAAUGGAUAGGUAUGUGUUAAAUGCUAUCAAUGUAAUGUUGGAACAAAGCUCUUUUAAAUUUAUUUUUACUUUUCUCCUGUCUGAUAGUUGCGGCCUAGGUUUUCAUUUUCAAGGACUAACAGUGGAUGACUAGCACUCACGAUGUCCGCGCGCCAUCCCCAUCUAUUCCAUGCCACGCGACUAGAAAUACGUAAGUUAUAGCGGAAAGUUUGCUAGUAUGUUUAAAUUCAAAAUUCAAUUGUAUUUUCUAACUAACGACCUGCCCCGGCUUCCCACGAGUUACACUAAACCUUAAGAAAUUAUACACAAACCUUCCUCAAGUAUCACGCUAUUGAUAGGUGAAAACAACAUGAAAAUCCGUUCAGAAGUAUUUGAGUUUAUUGCGAACAUACAUACAGACAGACGCGGCGGGGGCUUUGUUUUAUAAGGCGUAGUGAUAGGUACCAUUGAGUCCAAUUGGACUGCUAAUUUUUCUUGUACAGUCAAUGUAUUAAAUAUCGACAUGGACAAAGUGCCACAAUUAUGUAUACACUACUUUAAUGUAUAGGCAAUAAGGUCGUGUAUACAUAUUUUUGGCAAUUUGCCCGUGUCGAUAUUUAAUACCUGGACUGUGGUGCGGUGGGCCGCUAGAGGUUUCAACUUAUUUCGCGGAAUCUUCUUUGUAUCUUAAAAACGUUUUCAUUAUUCAAUUCAUCCUAAUAAUAUUUAUAUUUAGGUUUGUUUUGAAGGCGACUAUAAAGAGGCUAGCGAAAUGAUCGUUUAAUCGUAGGGUUUUUGAUAGAGUUGUCGAUAUUAAAUGGAUUGUGUAUUAAAAAUGCGUAUAAGUUGGGCGUUAUGGGGUAUCUAGAAUUAGAAAAAAAAUCACACAGUUCAAAAAAUUUGUAUGAUUUGGUCUAUUUUUUUCGUAUAAAUGAGGUGUAUUCUCAUAAAAAUUAAAAGGAACUUCAUUUCAUUAAAACAACCGAAUUUGUAACAUAAUGCUGUAAUCAUUUAAAAAAACAUUCGCCAGUAAACAUGAGUUCUAAUUCUGUAUACCACGUAAGAUUAUCUUAUUAAAUUGUGUAACAAAUACUAAGUAUUGUGCCUUUCGGAAAGUUCCCAAUAUUGCGAAAUUUCCCCUUGGGAAAAUUUCGGAUACUCAUAUAUUUGUAUAGGAAUCGAAAUUGUCCAGUUCCAAAACGAAAGUUUUCUUCGUUUCCAGACAAAUUUUCCUAAAAUUUUUGAGUACUUUUUCUACUUUUUGGUAACUUUCCGUAAUUUGCACAUCUGUAGACAGGUCAAUACGGAUAAGUCCGGCUGCCCUUCACUUAACUAGUGAUUAUUGCGAUUUUAUACAUUUCCGAACUAAGCAAAGCUAUAUAUGGGUACUAUAUAGGUACAUAGAAAACACCCAUGACUCAGGAACAAAUAUCUAUGUUCAUCAUAGACAGGGUCACUACCCACUAGGCCAGACCGGUCGUCGGUUAGAUAGGGCUUGCGUGUAAGAAUAAGUGGGAGGGCUUUGUCCGGCAGUGAGGCAAUAUGGACUCAUAAUAAUAAUUAUACAUUUGUCACUAAACGGAAGUUGAAUAUGAUCAACUCGCAAUAAACACUAAUUAAUGUGUAAACAGGCCCAAAUGUGAUGGCCAGCCACACUUAACCCUAUGCCACACUUAGCCAUAAUAGCCAUAUUGACCUUUAUACCUGACAUUAGAAUUUAUGUUACACAAUAGAAACAAUCGAAUAGACUAAUCAAGGCGUGUAUUAUUAUGUUUUAGGUCUGUAUUUUUAUUCAAAAACUAACGUGCCUAUGGUUUUGUAUGUCCCGCGUCUAACCUCUAGUACCCAACGUACUUACUAGUUGUAAAGUAUUGUUUCAUGUAACACAAAUUAUUGUACAAAUAAUUUUAUUUUAAAUAAAGCUAUUUUGUUUAAAUAUC